GUUUGUUUGUUCAGCCUGAGGUGAUCCCUUCACGGCCAAUCUGACUAAACUUUCACGUCUCCCAAAGGUACACUAUCUAGGUGAGAGGCAGCUGCAGCAAGGGCAGGAAAUGGUUCACCUAGCAUGCUAUAUAAUAGUGAGUGGAAUUGAAAAGCUGUCACGCAGGAAGCCUGACUCCUCCGACGCCAAGCCGCAGGAACCAUGGCGGCAACGGUGCCUGCUAACCAGGAGGCCUUUGGAUUCAGAGUAGUCAAAAACGGUUGUGUGCCGCUUAAGGGGCCUGCUCCGGAGCCGCGAGAGGGCCAGUCACCUGAAGAAGAAGAGAUUCAGGACUACCUGCGGUACUUGGUGGCUGAGCAGUGCCCUGUGGAUGCUGUAGGGAGGGCAAUAUGCGAUGGAGGUAUUGGGGAGGGGUACAAGUGCUACCUUGAGCGGGCGUGCAGUUUCAGCAUUGCGCUCAAGCCUCGGGUUUGGGUGGAUGCUCCAACAAGCCAGGAGUACCUUGAGCGAGAGCGUGCCUUUGGCAGGACAGUGCUCCGGAGAGCUUUGAAUGCGGCACCGUCCAUCAACGCCCCUUUACCAAAGCGGGGCCAGCCAAAGCUGGGGAGCCUGUUUCGGUUCAUGUGCGGAUGCUGACGUUGGCAUGCCGGACUGGGGCCGUAUAUCCCUCCCUCGAACGGAACCUCCAAUUGGUGGGCAUUAAUCAUGAAACACUGCAUUUGCAUAACACCAUGAUUCUCAAUGCAUCCGACGAUCCUAUGUUUGCUACAAGUGAUUUUUAGGCUGUAGUUCAGAGGACUUGCAUCUUUUUGGACAUACCUUGUUGCUAUAACAAG